GACAAGAAAAUGGGUCUUGCAAACCACGACCUUCCUCCCCCACCAUCGGGCAAAUACCCCGCCAAGGCACACGCCAGACGUGUAGCUCAGUUCAUUGCUGAGAACGGUGGCCCCAAGGAUGGUAUUAUCUACUUGGAGGCGCAGAAGACUGCUAUGGUUGAGGUUCUAGGGACUAAAUCCUUUCUAGCCNAACGUAGAUUCUUCUUCUAUCUUUCUGGAUGCGCUGUUCCGGACUCAUAUCUGGCUUACGAUAUCAAGAACGACUUCUUGACCUUGUUCAUUCCUCCCAUCGAUCCUGAAGAUGUCAUCUGGUCUGGCUUGCCGCUUCUCGAGAAGGAAGCAAUGGAGAAGUUCGAUAUUGAUGCAUGCAAACCUUCGACUGAGGUCAACUCAUAUCUGACCUCUCCCGGAACUCCCCACGGUACUAUUCUGGCCAUCCCCAAGCAAGUAGCAGACCACAUCACUUUCCUCUCUUUCCAAGAAACCAACUGGGAUCUCUUGAAAAACGCAAUCGAGCGCUGCCGCGUCAUCAAAGACGACCACGAAAUCGGUUUAAUCCGUCACGCCAAUGCCAUUUCUNCACAUGCGCACACCGAAGUUAUGCGCAUGGUANAAAACGCCCGCAACGAGCGAGAAUUGAUGGGAACUUUUGUGGGCGCGUGUAUCAGCAAUGGCGGCCGCGAACAAGCAUACGGCUGUAUCUGUGCUUCAGGACCCAGUGCAGCCACCUUGCAUUACGUCCACAACGACCUACCUCUAUCCGAAAAGCUGAAUUUGUUGAUUGAUGCUGGGUGUGAGUAUAACUGCUAUUGCUCAGAUAUCACACGCACAUACCCUCUGCAAGGCACCUUCACAGAAGAAAGCAGACAAAUCUACGAUAUUGUGGAUGAAAUGCAGGCACAGUGUAUGAAAGCACUUAAAGCCAAUGUCACUUGGGAAGAUUUACACGCUCUUGCCCACGAAAUCGCCAUCGAUGGCUUGAGACGUCUGGGCAUUCUUACCAGCGGCAACAAGAAAGAGCUUUUCGACAGCAGAGUUUCUACGCUGUUUUUGCCUCAUGGUUUGGGUCAUUAUUUGGGUAUGGACACGCAUGACUGUGGUGGUAAUGCAGAUUACGAAGACCCAGACCCGAUGUUCCGCUAUUUGCGCAUCAGAGGCAAGGUUCCUGCAAACUCGGUGGUGACGGUUGAGCCUGGUAUCUACUUCUGCCGCUUUAUCAUUGAGCCCGCGCUCAAGGAGGAAAAGUAUGCAAAGUACAUCGACAAGGCUGUUUUGGAGAGGUAUUGGGAUGUUGGUGGUGUGCGUAUCGAAGACGACGUCUUGGUCAUGGAGGAGGGGUGUGAGAAUUUGACUACGGCGCCGAGGUCUUGGGAUGAGGUUGAGGCUUUGAUUCAUUCGGCGUAA